CAGGAAAGUUUGAUAAAGUUGUGGAGAUCUUUAAUAAAAUGCAAGAAGCAGGGGUACAACCAGACAAAGCUACAUGCAAUAUUUUGAUUGAGAAAUGCUGCAAAGCAAGGGAAACAAGCACCAUGAUGAAAAUUCUUGAGUACAUGAAAAAUAACUUUCUUGUCCUUCGUUACUCGGUGUAUCAGGAGGCUCUUGAAAUAUUAAAUAUGUCAGGCGUGAGCGAUGUCAUUCUUCUUAAGCAAGUUAACCGUCACUUUUUAUCAUGUCAUUGCAAUCAGGAGUUGCAGCCAUAUGUAUCUAAUUCCACUAUUAUGGAUGUCAGAUUCAAGUUUGAAGAAAAACUUGUCAUGUAUUUGUUGAACAAGCAUAACCUGAUAGCCAUUGAUCAUGUGAUAACUGAUUUGCUGGGGAAAUGCUUUGGAUUGGAUUCUGGAAUCAUCUCGAGUAUUAUUGAGGCAAAUUGUAACUGUGGGAGACAAAAUGGGGCUUUAUUAGCAUUUGAUUUCUGCAAAAAACUUGGCAUAAACAUUGAGAAAACCACAUAUCUAACUUUAAUCGGUGUACUUGUCAGACAAAAUUCGUUUCAGAGAAUAGUUGAGAUUGUUGAAGCAAUUUUAGGUGCUGGACAAACUUUGGGUUCACAACUUAGCUCUCUUCUAAUACAAAGGCUUGGCUGUUCAAAUGUCCAUGCUUUUGCUGAGAAGGUAUUUUGUCUGCUGCCUUAUGAAGAAAAAUGCACUGUUGUUUACACUAGUCUAAUCCGUGCUUACUUCUCAUCUGCUAAUGCUAACAAAGGACUUGAAACAUUUGAAAAGAUGAAAAAGGAAGGGAUAAAUGUUGCUUUAGGAACAUACUCUGUCCUAUUAAAUGGCCUUGAAGAAAAUGGCAGAGCUGGUGAGCUAAAAAUCUACAGGAAGGAAAAGAAAAUCUUGGAAGCUGAGUACCAUAACAAAGAGCUUACAAAGGAGGAAAGACUAUGUGACAUAAUAUUUGGUGGUUUGAGAGUGUAGGAUGUGUGGUAUGUGGAAAUCAAAAGUUAAAACAUGCUCUCUAUUAGAAUUUGCGUGAAGCUAAUCUGCCAAUGUAAGUUAACAAAUUGAAUGUACCAUAACUUGAUUUGCAUUUUUAUUUAUAAUUCUUCGUAUUCUUGAUUA